AUGUAUUUAGCUACUGGUGUCGGUGAAUUGUCUGCUCUUUAUCCUAACUCUUCUGCAGUUGCUGGCAGCAGCGGUACAGUUGUGCGAAACGGGAUAAGUGCAACUUCGCAGCCGUCAGGCACGACAAAUUCAUCACUAACCGCCAAGCCAGUUUUGGGAUGUGCAGAGAGUAAUAGCAAAAGUGCUGCUGCAAGCAAAUUUUUGUCGCAGCAGUCUUCCGCACCUGCAAAAUCUGGUUCUGUUGUCGCGACGAAGAAACCUACGAACGUCGUUUCUGCUCGGGGCAAAGUAAUACUAAAUUUAGGUGAUGCUCUGUGCGAAACGGGUGGCGGUAGCGAGAUGAGUGGUAGUGUCUCCUCGACAGCGGCACCCAGAACGUCUUUGAGUAGUGCUUCAUCCAGUGGUGGAGGCAGCGGUUUAAAGUUUGCUGCGAUUUCUGAAAAAGUUGCUGAGCCAGAACGGCGAGGAGAUACGGGCAGUGGAGGCCAGACAGCAACCAGUACGGCAAGCUCUGGUAUUAAAAAUGCGUCUUCUUGGUCUGCAUUAGCCAAGGCUAGUGCAUCCAGUUUCUCGAACACUACGCUAAAGUCAUCUGCUAUGGACAGUUUCGAACAGUUUAAAAAGCAGGCGAAAGAGAAAGAAGAACGAGUAAAUCGUUUCUAA